CAAUGUUUAGAAAGAAAGAUGUCUCGCCUUCAAGAAGAUGACUCAGCAGGAAUCAUCUGAGAGAAGGACGUGGCCGGGACGUGGCAGGUGCCAUGUUUUCACCUUGAAACCCUACCCUUAGUGUGUUGUGUCUUGUAGCUUAGUACGUUAUGUCUUGUAAACUUAGAAAUCUCCCAUGCGCCCUCCUCAUGAGCAAAUAAAUGCAGGAGCGACGGGAGAGAUUGUUUAGAGCGUGUUGAGAGGCUGUAACCUGAACAAUCUCCCAUGCGCCCUCCUCAUGAGUAAAAUGACCAACGUCUUCAUUCCUUUUGUGUUUAUUCAUUAUAAUGUUUGGUGAGAUAAAUCCAACAUUAAAUUGGUCCUUCGAGCCGGAUGUCAACACACCCGAGGAUUCCAGUUGUGGAGCCGACACCCAGUUAAGAGACCGUGGCCACGGCAAUUGAGACCCUUUCCGGGACUGGUCUUCGUACUCCUCAACUGGGAUCUGAAGGUUGACGACAAUCCACAGGAUUGAAGACGACUGGUGAGUAAAAUUUUUAAAAUUUUUUUGAAUGUAUCGCGCGACAAAGAAGUCUGCGGCGAAAUAAACCUUGUGUAAUACUAGUCACUGGCAAGUAAAUGGACGGCGGAGUCCUACAAAUUCCGCAUGGACGGCGGAGUCCUACAAAUUCCGCAUGGACGGCGGAGUCCUAUACGUGCUAAAAUUCCGUGUUAAAAUAAAAAAAAAAAAUUCAAAAAAUAAAGGACGGCGGAGUCCUAGACGUACUUAAAAUUCCGUGCCUUUGUGUUUCCGUGUUUCCAUGUUUUCGUGUGUUUGUUAAAACGUUACUAAUUUCGUGUGUGUGUGUGUAAAAGUAUGGAUGUAAGAGACUGGAUUGUAAGUGACAACUGAGUUUGGAAGCAGAGGCAAGAAUCCUCCGCCCCAUUUGGGGUAGAAGGUUGAGGUUUACCAUAACUCAGACAUUCAUUGUCACCCAGUCAUUGUUUGAAUAAAGUCAGUAUUAGGUCACUCUAGGUGCGAAUAAACUGACUUCCAAAUUCACAAAAAUGGGAAACAAUAACAAUAAAACGAAUCCAACAGAAAGCCUGACGUGUAAAGACUGGCAAUGUGUACAACUUCAAAACCCUUCCAAAAUAAAACAUUUAAACACGCGGAUAACCAAAUACGGUUUCGCUGGCUAGCUAAAUUCGCAAAAAUUAGUUCAACUUCGAAACAAAAUAGAGGGUCGACACAAAAAAUAAUAUAUCACAAAUGGAAAAAGAUGGAUUUGACAACUUACUUUUUGGCUAAACAUGGCGUCUAAAAGAGAAAAAGGAUAGGAGAAAAAGAAAUACUAUCGAGGCAAAGAGGGAGAUAAUUUUAGAGGACGCAGCAGAGUAAGAUAUGGUCGAAAAUGUUAUGAUAAUACCAUCUGUUGGUGCUGUGGAGAUAAAGGCCACAUCGCACGUAACUGCCCUAAGAAAAAUACCAGAGAAUAUGGACAAACAACCGCAUGACUAAGCCAACCUGAUUCCCAACUCAACAAAUCCUCUUGUUUAAUUAUUACAGAGAAUGAGGAAGUGGAUUUCAAUUUACAGGACAUUCUGAGUUUGGACACAAAAAAAAAAAAAAAAAAAAAAAAAAAAAAAAAAAAAAAAAAACCUGAAAUAACCUUGUCAAUAAAUGGGAAAGAAAUGAAAUUUCCUUGCGAUACAAAAGCAUGUAGGAAAAGAUCCCAGGUUCCAAACUAUCGGGACAUAAGGCAAUAGUUAAAUCUGCAAAUACGCAAAUUACUUUUGCCAUGGAACUUGAACUUGAGCCUGUGUGGAUUAGAGAGAGUUCGCCCUCAGGGGAGAACUUGUAAAAUGCCAAUUUUCAAAGUCCCGGAGUGCCCUGUGAAUUUGUUGGGAAGAGAUGGCUUAUUCCAACUAGGACUUAUACUCAUUCCAUCUUCAAAUAAAAAUAUUGUAGUGAAACGAAAACAUGAAUUAAAAAGAGACAACCUCUAUAUGACACUAGAAAACAGAGAAAGUACAUUCUAUUAUACAAUCGAUAUCCCAGACAAACCACCGUUAAACAUGGGAGAGAGUCUGUUGUCUGCAGCCUUGCAGCUUAUCACACAAAAAAAAAAAAAAAAAAAAAAAAACAAUGAUGAGCUGCAUACAACACUGUGGUAAAAAAAAAAACACGCCAAUGCAAGACCCAGUAUAUGAAAACAAGUUACAACAUGCGACACCUGAUAAAAUUACUGAAGAUUAUCUGUACUCAGACAAUGAAGCAAAAGUCGCGGCAGGAAUUAUUUUACUGGACAAAUUAAAGGAACUGUAUAAAAAUACAAGUGUCCCACGUAUUUCAUUGUGCAAAGAUUAUGGGUCACAAUGGAAACAUGUGGGAACAUUACUGAAACAAGGAUAGGAGACAAAUGAUUGGCGACAAAUAGAAAACAAACUGGAAUACAGUGCGUCAACUGGUCUAAUCAGGAAGGCAAUAUUUUGGACAAUGCAGGGUGAUGAAGGGAGACACAUGCAUCCUGUAUGAUUAGACCAGAUGAUUCUCACUGAAAUUGAUGAAGAGAUGCUGAAAACAGUUCCACAAAAGUUAUGGUCCGCAGGACCAUUCGAUGUAGGCCUUAUUAAAGGGGCUUUACCAGUACAAAUUAGACCAAAAACGGAAUAUAGGCCAGGGAUUCGUCAAUAUCCAUUAAAACCGGAUGCACAUGAAGGAAUCAAACCGGUAAUUGAAGCACUAAUUAAAGCAGGAGUUAUAGUGGCGUGUCCAGAUUCACCAUGUAACACACCAAUUUUUCCCGUGAAAAAGGCCCCACCUUCAGUCGGUUGGAGGAUGGUACAAGAUUUGCAAGCUGUAAAUUCUGCAGUGAUACAGAGAGCAGCAUGUGUACCAGAUCCACACACAUUGUUAAAUUCAUUAAGAGCAGACGCUACUGUGUUUACAGUAGUGGACAUAAGCAAUGCUUUCUUUUCUAUACCAAUAGAAGAGAACAGUCAAUUUUGGUUUGCAUUCACAUUUGAGGGAAAGAAAUAUACAUUUACUAGAUUACCACAAGGUUACUGUGAAAGUCCAACAAUUUAUUCACAAAUAAUGACAACAAGCAUGUCUACAUUCACUCCCCCAGGAGGGAGCCAAAUCUUAUUAUAUGUCGAUGAUGUGCUUUUGGCAUCUCCAGAUGGAGAGACAUGCAUCAAAGAUUCAUUAGCCUUACUGCAUCAUCUAGCAGAGGAGGGACAUAAAGUAAAUUGCAAUGGUGUAAAAAGCAAGUCAAAUAUCUGGUACAUAAUCUAAGUGUAGGAGGAAGGACUAUAUUAGAAGGCAGAAAAGCUACAGUUUUAAAAAACCCUAAACCACAAACAAAGAAACAUAUGAUGUCAUUUUUAGGUCUGACAAAUUAUUGUAGAGCAUGGAUUCCAAACUAUGCAGAAAUUAUUGCACCAUUGUCAAAAUUUAUGUAUGAAGCAAACCUUAAAAUGACAUCACCUGUUCUAUGGAAUACAGAGGCGGAAAAGACCUUCUGUGACAUUAAACAACAUUUGGUGUCCAGGGCUGCGCUCGGCCUUCCAAAUUUAAUGAUAAAACAUUCAUUCAAAUUGUAGAUUGUAAACACUAUGACAUGACCUCCGUACUUACACAACAAUAUGGUGAUAAACUGAGACCAAUAGCUUAUUUUUCAACUAGACUAGACAACGUGACGUGUGCAUUACUGCAUUGUGUCAGAGCAGUUGUGGCAGCUUCAAUGGCAAUAGAGAGCAGUUCCACAAUUGUGUUAUUUCAUCCAUUAACUCUUAAGGACCCACAUACAGUGUCUGCUCUCCUAUUGCAAACCAAUAUGGCGUUUUUAACACCUGCAAGAUAUUUAUCUUGCAUGGCCAUCUUGCUGUCACAACCACAUUUGACUGUUGAGCGAUGCACAACCUUAAAUCCAGCCACGCUAACACCCUUACCUGAUGAAGGCACGCAGCAUGAUUGUCAGGAAUUGGCCGAACAAACUGCUGAAUUAGUAGCAUUAACCGAGGCAUGCAAACUAAAAAUAAAUAAAGAUGGUACAAUCUAUACUGAUAGCCAGUAAGAGGGUUCCACAACAAGAACGCAAUUCAAAGUGCAAAACUACAAAAUGAAAUUUACAUUAGCAAAGAGAGAAAAAAAAAAAAAAAAAAAAAAAACUAUUCAAAUGGGCUGCUAUAUUGAGCCAUGCUGUGUCACAUGUCUCAACAGGAGGGAUGGUAAGACAGAUAAAUCAAUAUUAUACAACUUAUGGUUUUAAUUCCUAUUAAAAUAAUAAUAAUAAUAAUAAUUUGUAGAGCAUGUAUGAUUUGUGCUAGGUAUAAUCCACAAGGCAAUUUGAGGCCCAGGAGAGGAAUAUUGAAUUAAACCAAAGUGAAGGAAAAAAGUAUUGUUUGGUUAUCAUAGAUGCAUUUUCUAAAUGGAUCGAAUUAUUCUCAACAAAAUCACCUGAUGCUCUGACGGUGGCAAAAGCACUAUGUAAAGACAUCAUUCCAAAAUAUGGCAUACCUGAAACCAUUUACAGUGAUAAUGGGACUCAUUUUGUAAAUCAAAUAAUCAAUAAAAUAGGAACCAUGUUCCACAUCAAUUUGAAAAACCAUUGUGCUUACCACCACCCUCAGAGUGUAGGUCGAGUGGAAAGAAUGAAUGGGACAAUAAAAAAUAGCAGAAAGAAACACGUGGGUUCAUUUAACACACUGUAAAAGAGUCAUUUCAGCUGAGUACUCAAAUAGGGAAGGUGAGCAAAAGUCUGAUAACGGAGCGGGAGCAGAUGUGUAGAUUCUGAAAACGCUUGCUGGUCAGUGAAGAAAAAAGACACCAACCCGUUUAGUGAGAACUCAGCAGAAUGGCACACCCACGUUGGUUACGAGAUUCGAUAAGCUGUUACGCAGCAACUUUGGUUACUAUAGUGUUGGUUUUGUUUAUGUGGUACGUGGGAAGUCCCACACUAAACGAUACAACGCAUUUUUUAGAUAGGAAAUCACCUACCAACUGGACCAAUAUGACCAACCCAAUAAUAAAAAAUUUGGAAGCAUUAACUCGUACCAAAAGGAGUACAGUUGAUGAUCAGAACUGUGGGCAUGACCUCCAAAUGCGGCAAAACAGUUUAAUAUUUUGUGCCCCCCGAAAUCAAGAUACUUUAAUCAUAAUUCCAUAUGCGGCUCUCACCAAUGAAGCUCAAGAGAAUGGGCAGAAUUGGGGAGAUAAAUAUGACUGGUAUGCAUCUAUAGGCUUUGGAUGGGAAUACCUCAUUGGUGAAACAGGUUAUGAUUGGUCCAAUUGGUCAUUAAAAGCAGCAAAAGAACAUAGAAAGAAGUUUAACUUAAGCAAAACGACCCAUAAUUUAAUAUUGACAUACAAGUCGAGUCACCCAAUGUGUUUGAUGGUGAGUUUGUGGGCAUAUACUGCGGGAAAAGAUCCCCACUUCCAAGUAGCAUUGUGUUAUGGGAACCGCGUUAAACCAGAAAUGCCAUUAAAAACUUCAAAGAAAGGUGGACACAUGUUAAUGGUUAACAAAAUAACUACUGAUGAUUGGUUCCUUGUAGUCACAGGAGUUUCAGGACAAAAUAACAAUUGGUUACUAUUGGUGGAACAAGCAGCAAAUGUAGCAAAAAAAGAUUGUGUGGUUUGCAUGGGUCCAAGGCCUUUGUUGCGAAUAGUUCCGGCACAAUUAUCACAAAAUUGUAUUAUUCCAUUAAUGAACGCUACUGUACCAACUAAGGGAUGUAAAUCAUGGGAUCGUAUAUAUCCCGUAACAGAAGCAGAUAAAAACAAACCGAUGUUUUCUACUCUAGUAGCACCAAAUAAUUUCACUUGUAUAAACAUGAUUAGUAAAGGCAAAAAAUUAGGACCACUGAAUGACACACAGUGUAAAGUAACCUUAAAAGUCGGACCAAAAUUUAUGCCAGUAUCACGGAGCCGCAGCUGGUGGUGGUCCGGAGAUGAUAGACUGUUUGAUAGAUUACCUAAAGAUCUGGAUUGUGAACUAUUAUCACUUUGAUAUUGCAUGUGUCAGUAUACCCUAUGCCUGUUCAAGAUUUAAUGGAAAGGGCACCAAUGUUUUGUCCAAUCUAGAACAUAGACAAAAAAUAGAUUUAUCCUGGCAGAGGCAAAAUUAUCCAACAUAAAAUAUACAUCAACGCCAUAGGUGUUCCUCGUGGGGUUCCUAAUCAAUACAAAUUAGCUGACCAAGUUGCAGGAGGACUUCAUAUGCUGGUGGUGUACGAUUAAUAAAAAUGUUGAUGGGAUAAACUAUAUCCACUUCAAUGUACAGAGAUUAGGAAAUUGGACUCAGAGUGGGUUGGAAGCUGUGCAUGAGCAGCUCAAAGCUACCUCUUCAAGGACGUUCCAAAACCGCAUAGCUGUCGACACACUCCUCGCAAGAGAGGGAGGUGUUUGCGGUAUGUUUGGAGAACAAACAAUACUGCUUCAGAUGGCAGCUUGACCAGAGCCAUCGAUGGUCUACGGACCCUCAAUCAACACUCCUUGUGGGACAGCUGGAUGGACGUUUUUGCCAUAACCCCAUGGAGAACCGUAUGGAGAUGAUGUAUCCAUUACUGUUUGAUGAUAAAGAUAAUGAUGAUGAUGAUGAUGAUUUUGCUUUAACUGAUUUGUUUCCUGAUUCAGAUGAUUACGAUGUUUAGACUACAAAAUUCAUGUAUGACAAAUUUACUCUGAGUAUAAAUGUAUUUGUUUCAUAAAAAUGAUUCUACAGUUAAAAAAUCGAAAUGAAGUGACUGUAAGAUGAUAUGAGAAUUUGUGCAAAUACAUGAUAAACAGGAGGGAAAUGUUAGAUAUAUUGUAGAAGUUAUCAUUUAUUUGCUUAGCUUGCAUUAGUAUUAUGGACAAUGUUUAGAAAGAAAGAUGUCUCGCCUUCAAGAAGAUGACUCAGCAGGAAUCAUCUGAGAGAAGGACGUGGCCGGGACGUGGCAGGUGCCAUGUUUUCACCUUGAAACCCUACCCUUAGUGUGUUGUGUCUUGUAGCUUAGUACGUUAUGUCUUGUAAACUUAGAAAUCUCCCAUGCGCCCUCCUCAUGAGCAAAUAAAUGCAGGAGCGACGGGAGAGAUUGUUUAGAGCGUGUUGAGAGGCUGUAACCUGAACAAUCUCCCAUGCGCCCUCC